GAAUCUCUUGUCGUGUUUAAGCAAGGAAAACACGGGUGCAAUCUGCUGGUAGAAAGCAUUUUGGUAGAAUGACGAAGAGAGAGAAAACAACAUGUAAGCCCUGUUAUUUUGUAUAGAAUGGUGAGAUUUAUCAAUGUUCGUUAUAUUCACUUUUUCAUGUACAUGAAAGGUGAAGAUAACGAACAGUGAUCAAUCUCAUAACUCCUGUAAGGAAUACAAAAUAGAGAGUAGGGCAUCCACAUACCUCUGGACACACCAGAGGAGGGAUCAGGUGCCUAGGAGAAAUGCUGAGGGCAAUGGUGUUUCACAAUUUUGUGCACUUUGAAGACAAACAUCUUUUAAACUUCCGAGAAGGAAACGGUGCCACUUAUUUUAUUGGAGCAAGUUCAACAGGGAAAACUGCUGUUUUGGAACUGAUAAGGAGAUGCAUGUGUAGUACACUGAAUUCCUCUCUAACGAACCGCUUUAACGAAGAAGAACACGGAUAUGUAUUCUGUCAGUUUGCAAGAGACGGAACUGAAAAAAAUGUCAUUUUGGGUAUAAUUGUAGAAGGUGAAGGAAACAAACAAUCAAUGGAGGAAAUAGAAGGAGGGGGUGAGGAAAAUAAAAGUGAAUUAUUGCCAGGGGGAGGAAAAGAGGAUGAUAUGAGGAAUGACGAUACGAGUGAGGACGUGGAAGAAGAUUCAGAAAAGAAAGAUGAGAGGAAAGAGAGGAAAGGAGACGUGAAAUUUCACAAAAUCGUGAUUUAUCACUCUAGUGACGGUAUACUACGAAUCAGAAGUACAUUAUUCUUCCACCGUAAAGAGAAAAACAUUGAUUCCAGCCAGGAUGUUGAGGUGGGAGAUGAUAUUGGUUUACAUAUUGAUAAAAUAGAGGAACAACUUUUCAAAGACAAAUCUGAUGCAAAUGAAUUCGUAAAAAAAGUCUUAAAGGCUAUUAAAAAGGAGCAACCCAAUAAGGUCAGUUAUGAUCACCACCAAAACAUGUGGGAUCAAAUAAGCGAACAGUUCGUGGGUAUAUUGUCAAUGAGAGGUCCUGGUACAUUCCAGUGGACAAAAAGCAAUACAAUCUUAGAGGAAAACAAAGAAUACAAUUACAACGCCGCUUCUGAACAGGCUGAAGUCAUUACCAAACUCCUUGAUGCAGACGAAGUAGACAAAGAUAAGGAGAGAGAGAUUUUCAAUGCCUUAACAUAUCCAGAUGUUUUUGAAUUUCGAAAAGUUAGUGAAGGGAAGAUUGUCGUGGAGAAGAGCGGUGGUAGAGUAUUUCCUUUGCUAAAAACUUCAUUAGGGAUUGUGGAGGCCAAACAGUUUGCACUACUUAUUUCACACAAAGCUUUUCGAACAAUUUGUUUGGAGGAGCCGGAAAGAGGAAUGCACCCCCAGAUGAUAGAACGAAUGAAAACAAUACUUCAUCGAGAAUGUGAUAGGAAAACUGUCAUCGUUGUUACACACAGUCCAGCAUUUAUUGAUUCCGUAUCCAUUGAAAGGUCCUACUUGUUUACCCGAAAAAAACAAGUUUCUUCGCGAUCGGUUUGUGGCGUCAACAAUAUCAAGCGAACUCAAUUUGGUAAGCUUAUGAAGGUAUCAGAAAUAGAAGAGUUGAAAAAAAUUUUCUUUGCAACCAAAGUUCUAUUGGUUGAAGGCAUGUCAGACAAAAUUGUGAUACAAGCGAUUUUCGGACAUAUUUUGGAAAAUUGUACAGACAAAGAAAAAAUGAAAAACAUUAACAGUUACCAGAUAAUUGUGCUUGACGGAUGCUUGCGUAUUAAACCUAUUCAAGAUCUUUGCAAGGAUAUAAAUCUACCCUUUGCUGCUGUUUUAGAUCGUGACACUUGUAUUGAAGUUGAUGGACGAGGUUGCGUCGAUGCUAUUCAUAAGAAAUAUUAUAAAUACACUGAAGAGCAACCUAUCAAUAUCUUUCUUGGAGAGCCUUUUAAGACUCUUUCAGAUAAAUUGCAGAAAGAGGAAAAUCUAUUUAUUUGGAAAGAUGGUGACAUAGAAGAUUUCCUUCUUAGCGAAAGGGAUAAGCGUGACAAAAUCUUAGAAAUAUUAGACUUAGGAGACAAAAAAAGCAAGCCAAGGAAAGAAAUGAAAAGAUCCAUCAAAGAUAAAUUAAAGAUAGGCAUAUCGCAAGAACAAUCGAGUAAAUUGGGAGAACAUCUAAAUGAAUACGAGGAAGUUUCUCGUCUUUGUGAAUUUUUAAGUAAGUAAGUCAUAACAAAACGGAAAUACGUUCUGUCGAAAGUCCAGGGGCAUCAAUACUGAGGAGAAAGAUGUUUCAGUGAGGCAGUACACUGACAAAUAAGUUAAUGGUAUAGGGGUUUCAAAUGUUUCAUUUAAAUCAAGCAUUUCCCAAAAGAUAUCGACGUUUUAAUGAUCUAAUUCGCAAAUACAACCUACCAUUAGGUUGAAGGCUUGCAUGCUAUCUGAUGGGUUUCAUACCAAUCGUUAGGCCGUUCUUUACACACUGACCAAGGAUUACUCCGUUUACAUGAUCGAACUAUAGGGCUCACGGCGAGUGUGACCCGUCGAUAAGGGAUACUUACUCCUCCUAGGCACCUGAUCCCACCUUUGGUAUGUUCAGCGGUCCAUGUUUGCCAACAGGUCAACAGAAGAUGCUUCUCUUCCGAGUCUCACGAUGUCACCUCGAGUAUUUCCAGGGCUUUGUGAUUUUUACGUUUAAUCACUGUAUUCUUCACUUUUGAUAUUUUGCACUCCACAUUUUCUUGCUACCUUUUCUAAAAUCACUUUCAUGAACAAAUGAAGGUAACGAGCAGGGAUUAAUUUCAUAAUUCUCAGAAAGAAUUAAAAAUUAAGAGUAGGGCAAACACGAGCCCCUGGACAUACUAGAGGUGGGAUCAGGGCCAAGGAGGAGUAAGUAUCCCCUGUCACACUUGACGUGAGCCCUCUAUUUUUAUCAGGUAAAGGGAACAAUUGGGGUUAUCUCUAGUCAAAAUGAUUAUCCAAAGAGCGGAUUAACAUUUGGUAUGACGUACGUCAGACAACAUUCGACCUAACAAAAUGUUGUAUUUAUAACGAUCAUAAAGUUUGCGAAAUGCUGACUUCAAACGAGACUAUUGAAAACCAUGUAAUACCAACUUUUUUUUCAGUAGCUUACCUCGAUUUUAAAGAAAUCGUUUAAUCAGAGUGCUUACUCCCAACACCUUGUUUAUUGUGUUAUAGGGACUGGUUCAGGUUUUUUUUAAAACAAAAGGUAUUUUUCAUUUUUGUUAAACAUUGAAAAUAUACCCCAUUUAAUGUUGACAACCAAAAUGUGGACUUCUGAAUUAAAGGAUGAGAACAAUAGUUUUGCCUUAACUUCGUGUUAUGUAAACAAAGACAAGAUUAAUUUUGUAAUUUAAAGCAUCUUACUUUUGCAAAGUCACUAAUUCAAUUUUUAAAUGGCAUAAUGAACCUAAAGAAUACUUGAAAUGUGAUAUAUGUAAUAAACUUAGAUCGAUAUCUAUUUAUUUUGAAAACUUUGUAAACAAUAACACACCCCAAUCUCUGUUUACAAAACGAAUGAUACACUCUCUACAAUGAGCUACUGCCAUAAUGUGUAAUCAUUAAAUGUUUGUGAAAUGUGCUUUUAAACACCAUAGAGAGCAAAUUUUGAUUAUUAAAACUGAAAAACAAAUCGGGGGGGGGGGGGGGGUCGUGAAUAACUCCCUUUAAUAACUUGUUGUGUAACUUACACAGGGUCAUUUGAUUUGUGUUUUGAAUCUUUUUGUAAUCCUUCUGACUUAAUUUCUGAAUGCUUUAAGUAAUCUGAUGAGGUCAAAUCAAAUCAAACAUGUCUCCUUUUUCCUGCCCCCCCCCCCCCCCAUUAUAUCUUAUCUUAAUAAUUAGACCGUUCACACUAAGUGUUACUCAUGAUCGAGAGAGGGGGCUCAUGGUGGAUUUGACAAGUCAGCAGGCGAUGUCUGAUGCUACGUCUGGUGUUUGCAAUGUUUCAAGUUUUGCAUUCUUUAUGGGAUAGAAAAUUUAUCACUUUGAUUUCUUUACCUUCUUAAUGUGGCCAUUUUGCAAUUCAAAAUACUAUGUCGCGAUUCAAGACUGAAUUUUUGGAUCAUAUUACUUGUACUGUGAUAAAUCAUGUUGUUAAUAUAUUGAAUUAUAAUAAACUCUAGGGAUUUGAAAAAUGUAUAUUUACUUCAAACUCAGAAUAUUACAAUUGAAUUUAUGCAAGAGCCUCUACAUGAGAAGAGAGAAUAUCUUGCUGUUGCCUUCAACUCGACAGGGGGAUAUAUUGACGAUGUUUUAUCGAUUAACAAUAAUUAUUUUCAUUCAUAUGUCGUUUCAAUAUACCCAUGUGAGCUCGAAAUAAAAGACAUCAGAGUCUUC